AUGAGUGAUAAUAAUGCAACAGAUAUUUUGUUUGUUGGAGGCAUUGAUGAAACGAUAGACGAAAAAAGUUUGUAUGAUAUUUUUUCAUCUUUUGGUGAUAUAAGGAAUAUUGAAGUGCCUUUAAAUAUGACUACAAAAAAAAAUAGAGGUUUUGCUUUUGUGGAAUAUGUAGAAGUCGAUGAUGCAAAACAUGCACUGUACAAUAUGAAUAAUUUUGAAUUGAAUGGAAAAAGGAUUCAUGUCAAUUAUUCGAAGACCAAAAAAGCUGAUCAUUAUAAGCCAAUUUGGAUUGACGAAAUGUAUAAUCAAGAAAAGAUGAAGGAUCUAGAAGAGGAAAAUUUAAAUGAUGAUACUUUAAAAGGGGACAACUGA